UCUUCAUCUAAUUCAGUGCAGUUACUCUGAAAAAACACGAAACAAUCGAUUUACCAAAAUACCCCUUCAUCAUGUACAAGCCACCCCGCCAAGAACGAAGCAACAAAUGUUUCGUUUUCUUUUUCACUUUCUUUGUCAUCUGUUGCGCAGUUUUACUAAUCGCUGCAUUGAUACUCCGAUUGAGGAAUCCAGAGGUAAAGUUAACCUCAACCACAUUGAAUCAAAUUACCUAUAACGUAACUUCACCGUCACGUUCAUUCAACGCAACAGUUAUCACAUAUUUCAGCAUCUGGAACCCUAAUUUCGGUGGAAUAUUCAGUUACGAGAAUAGCGAUGUGAGAUUGGAGUACGCAGGUGUUAAAGUUGGUUAUAUGAAAAUUCCUGACGCUAGAGUGAAAGAAAGAAGAACCAAACAUACAAGUGUUACGGUGAAUGUGAAGUUUCUUGAGAUAAUUGGUAAUGAGAAUGGGAAUUUUACGAGUGAUGUUUCUUCAGGGACGUUGAAUCUUAUAGGUUAUGUGAAAUUUAGUGGAAUUGUUCAGAUUCAAUGGUUGAAGAUUGUUCACAGUAGAAAAACAAUUGAAUUGGUUUGCAAUUUGGGUAUCAAUUUGACGUCAAGGGCAAUUAGGGGAUUUCAGUGCCAAUAAGAAUAUAAUAUUUUACUUGAUCUUUGUGUUGUUUUUUAUUUUCAAAAAUUAUUUCGUCUUUUAUUAGAUUAAAAUACAUGAUUGAAAUUACUUUUUUAAUAGAACAUACAAUUUUUGUGUAUCAAUGCUUAUUGUGAAAAUAAAAUGUAGCAUUAAAAUUGUUUGAUAUCUAUUUCAUUUUCCUCUUUCAUUUUUGGUACGA